AAAAAGAGAGUAGACACAAAAGCUGGAGAAAAUUUGCUUGACUUUUUCAACGGAGAAACAAGAUGUAAAUCGAGUGUAAUAAUAGCCCAAAAUAGUGAAAACUCACACGGGAAACACAAUGCUAGCGACGGAUAGCAAUAAUUAACAAGGCCGCAAAUCAAUCGACACAAAGAUGAACGUAAUGCGAAAGCUGCGCGGAGCGGCAACCGCAGGUGGCGUUAGUGGCAGCAGCGGUGGCACUUCGCCGGCAAACAGCAGUUCUCCUGGGGGAAACAGAUCCACCUCCGAUCUUGCCGCCGUGCCCGCCGCCAAUGGACGAACCAGCGAGGAGGCACUGAUGGACGCCCGCGUUCAAGUGAGCCUCAGCACCCUAAAGAAGCUCUUCAACGAAUAUACCCAUCCGAGGGAACCGCUCAGCGAGCAGGAGCGCGAUGGCAAGCUCUACGAGAUGCUGCCACUCUUCUGCAAGGUCUUUAGCAGCUGUCCGGCAAACGACAUGAGCGAAAAGUUCUGGGAUGUGGUCGCCUUUUGCCAGCAAGUUUCCCGGCUCAUGGUCAGCGAAAUCCGCAAGAGAGCUUCUAACCAAAGCACGGAGGCGGCAUCUAUAGCCAUCGUCAAGUUUCUUGAGGUGGAGACCACGGAGGAAACCAGCAGUGGUUGGAUGCUAUUGGCAACCCUCAAUCUGCUGGCCAAUGGGGACGUAUCUCUCAUACAGGUAAUGACUGCCGCCGCAGUUCCCUCGACUCUUGUGAAGUGCCUGUAUUUGUUCUUCGACCUGCCAAUCGUGGAGGACGAUGAGCCAACAGCAGACGGAGGGGCAGUCAGUGAAUUUAACGCCCACGAAAGGCGAACUCUCCUCCAGAAGGUGUUUGUGCAGCUGCUGGUGAAGCUCUGCUCGUACCCCUAUCCCGCCGAGGAACUUGCCCGCAUGGACGACUUGACGCUGCUGUUCUCGGCCAUCACGUCGCCGUGCCCCAUCCACAAUAUCGUGUGGCGUAAGAAUGCAGCUGAAAUCUUGACCACAAUAUCAAGAAACGGCCUGACCGAUGCUGUGGUUAGCUACAUACAUUCCAAGGGCUGCAUGGCGCUUUGCGUGGAUAAUAUGCAACGCCUGACGUUUGGAAAUCCUCUGGAAAUCGUCGAAAUGUUCGUCACAGUGUUCUGCUUUCUCAAGGACUCUAGUCAGGUAUCGCAGAUUUUAAUGGAUGACUUUCGCGCAUCCCAGGGUUACGUGUUUCUCAGCGAUUUUCUGCUAAAGUUUGACAACAAUCGCAGUCAAUCGCUGGAGAUUCAAGCGGCCAUUCGUAAUCUUGUACUGAUGAUCUCUUCGUUGUGCAUGUGUGGGUUUUACGAGCUGCGACCGCCAGCCUCGCAGUUCAACACGGCCUUUAAGCUGCAGAACUUCCAGCUGCCACAGGCCACCUCGCGAGAGACGUGUGUGCGAAAUGUGUACGCCUUUCAGGUGCUACAGAACGUGUUCCUCAAGUCGACGACGCCUGCACUCUGCUGCACCAUCCUGGACGCCAUUUCGCGGGUUUACCACUCGGAGAACGCCAACUACUUCAUCCUGGAAUCCGAGCACACACUUAGUACGUUCGCCGAGCGGAUACAUCUGAAGAGUCCGCAAAUACAGGAAAAGUUCUACGACCUGCUGGAGUUCAUUGUCUUCCAGCUGAACUUUGUUCCAUGCAAGGAGCUGAUCAGCCUUUCUCUUCUGCUGAAGCACAACCAAUCGACGCCAUGUAGCAUUCUGUGUCUGAAGACACUGCUAAAUAUUCUGCGACACAACACGGUUUUCAAGGACGUUUACCGUGAAGUCGGCAUUCUUGAGAUCUUCGUGGGAUGCCUCUCACGAUACGCCGCCCAUGUGCUGCAAAUAACGAAGGGGGAUGAGUCGGUGGUGGUUGAGCUGGAAGGUGACGCGGAGGAGGACAUGCUGGACACAAUGGGCAAACAUGUCCUGGAGGCGCUGACCAUGCUGCUGGGCGGAGGAGCCAGCAACAAUGCCCAGCUAUUUCGUGAAUACGGCGGCGCCAAGUGCGUCCACGAGCUGGUGAAGUUCAAGCACUGUAGGCCGCAGGCUCUGGGAAUCGUGCGAGAGUUAAUUCUGUCUGCAGGCGGAGACGACGACAUGCUGCACAUACUCUCACUUAUGCACAGCGUCAGCCCGUUGCAGGUGGAAUUCAAGAUCCAGAUACUAAACAUGUUGCUCGGUUGCCUGAAAGACUCCCACCGCACACGAACCGUAUUCCGAAAAGUGGGUGGAUUCGUAUACGUAACGAGCGUAUUCGUAUCUCUGGACGGCAGCAUGGCACGGCCGCAACCGGACAUUCCUCAACAGGAUCUCAUUCUGCUGCUGCAGAUAGUCUUCCAGACUCUGGCCACCGCCAUGAGAUUUGAGCCGGCCAACGCAAAGUUCUUCUACCAGGAGAUCAGCAGCAGCUCCUUGUGCGACACCCUGCGACUGCUGGGAUGUUUUGGGGCAUCGUCCGCCUUGCAGGACUUCACCGGCGUCUAUGAGCCGCAGCAGUCGUUGCUGAAGUAUUACCAUGAGAUUUUCAGCGGGGACAUUCUAGCCGUCAGCUUCUCUGAAGACGUUCCGUACCCGUUGUCCUACGUAUGCGUCGUAUUUCGCCUACUCUACAGUAUUGCGCUGGACAACUUUGAGGCGCCAAAUCUAAAUGGCAUCAUCACACUCGUCAGCGAUCCUCCAGCGCUUACGCGAUCACCGAGCAAGGAGCUGGCGGCGCCGGUGCAUCCCAGCCAGCUGAAUCUCACGCAACCCAGUCCCGAGCCGCGGAUAGUACACCCAGGUGUGGUGCUCUGUAUGCUUCAGCUACUACCCGCCGUGGAGAACGAUUCAGAUCCUCUGAAGGCAGUGCAGCUGCAGGUAUAUCUCAGCGAAAUCAUCAAGUCCUUGGUGCGCAGCGAACGCAACCAGCAGAUUAUGUGCGACCAUGGACUGGCGGAAAAGCUGCUUCAGUUGACCCGCAAAGCGCUGGCAGAGGAAUCACAUCCUUUGCACGUGCCCAUGCAGUACAUUUUGGAGCGUCUUGCCGCCCAAGCGCUGCAGCCCACCGAGCUGCGCCAGUUCCUGCGCUUGGGCGAGCCACUUUCCUGUGCGGACAUAGAUCUUCAGCAGCCUUACCGGCUAGGCGGACCAGUUCCUUUGACUCGAAUCAAGACUCUGGUGUCGAUGACAACUCCGCGUGAUUUCCGUGCCCACGGAUCGAGCACGCUGCCUCCCUUCGUCGAGCUGGACAUGUCGGCUGAGGGUUUCGGUUGCCUGUACCUCCCCUCACUGGCGCCUCAGGCGACGGCCACUGCCGGCGGAACCAUUGAUGCGAACACCAUUGGCGGCAUCGGAGCCGGCGAUCGCAUCUUUCCGCCGCAGACGGGGCUUACAUACUCCACCUGGUUUUGUGUGGAAAAGUUCUCCGACCCCAAGACGGAUCCACACUGCGUCCGGCUUCUUACGUUGGUGAGGACUAUCCACAAUCCACGUGAGGAAAACCUGGCAUGCCUAUCUAUUUUACUCUCGGCUCGCGAUAAGGCGAUAGUCGUCUCCACCCAGGAGACUUUGGUGACGCCCAGGAAAAGUAUUGGUGACUGGGAGCCCGAGGGAUCUGAUGACGGCAUUGCUCGCAUAUGGUGUCCCGAUCUCCUGCAUGAGGGCCAGUGGCACAACCUGGUCGUCGUGCUCAAUCGAGCUGUUCUGAAGAAUUCCAGCUUGUUCCUUUACCUGGACGGAGUGCCAAUGCACACCCAAAAGCUGCACUACAUAGCUCAGCAUCCGGCAGCAGGCAACGCCAGUCUCACGUCGGCCACGCAGAUUUUUGGAUAUAUUGGUACGCCGCCAAUAUGGCGACGAUACUCUCGUCUCUGUUGGAAGCAAGGCGUCUGUCAUUUGAUCGAAGAUGUGCUCACGCAGCAGACGGUUCAGACCAUCUAUCAACUGGGACCUCACUACAUGGGCUCGCUGCAAGCUCCUCAGCUGGGCAAGCAGUGUGAGUCGUUGGCGCCGCUGGUGCCCGAGGAUCGCGUGCUCCUGGGACUUAACGCCAAAGCGGUGUCCAAGCUGACCCUGGUCAAGAUUCGUAAAGUUUACAGCCGGGCGGACAACAAGAGCAUUGCCAAGCAGUUAAAUAUGAAUUCUCACGAGAAUGCGACGCCCAUUAAAAUUCUGCACAACUCGGCUGGACAUCUCGCGGGCGCUGGUCGCUCCCUGGGCGGCGUGGUCGUUGGUUAUUUGGGAGUACGAGUGUUUAGCCCACAUCCCGUUUCAGCCAUGAUCGAUACUGUGGGCGGCUGCAACGUACUGCUCGGCAUAAUCGCCAUGGCUCAAGACGUGGAGUCUUUGUAUGCGGGAGUCAAGGCCUUGACCUGCGUGGUACGGAGUAAUCGUGCUGCCCAGGCGGAGAUGGAUAGGAAACGCUGCUACCAGACGCUGGGCAUGUUCUUCAAGAAGAAAAAACACCUGCUAAACUCACACAUACUCCAUCUGACCUUUGGUCUGGUGGGCACGGUGAACAGCGGCCAGGACAUGUCCUCCAUUCCGAAUGUGACGGCAUUCCAAGACCUUUUGUGCGACCUAGAGAUCUGGCACAAUGCACCCAAUGGACUUUUGCGUUCCCUGCUAGAGCAUUUGCUGGAAUUGGUGGUGGAGUCGAGCGACAAGAAGCAGAAUGUGAAAAUCAUGCGAGACCUGCAGCUUCUGGUCAAGUUGUUGCACAUCAUCACCCAGAUCCAGGAUCACUCGACACGAGAGAUUCUCUUCAGUCUGCUGGAGACUCUGCUGGGCGGUCAGCCAAGGCACACGGAUCUGUUGCUUUUUGGUCAGUAUGUGGCGGCUAAGCUACCGCUGGCCCAUAAUGGAGGCUUGGAACGGGCCGUUCUCCUACCCAGCAUGAAGAAUCCUGGCGAAGAUCAGGAUGGCGGUGUGGCCCAGAACAUCUAUCUGCGCAAUCGAUGCCUCUCGCUGCUUCACGGACUUCUAUUCACGCCCCGCAAUACAGUGAACUAUGUUAUCUGCGACGACAUUUCCAAGACUCUGGGCAUGGAUUGGCUUUUGCUCUUUAUGCAACCACAUGUCCACUUUACCACUGUCAUUAUUGCGGUGCGCGUGCUGGUCGUGGUCUGUGCCAAUGAAAGCUUCCUCGUACGCUUUCGAGAUGCAACCCACAACGGCGGCUAUCUUCGCUUCACGGAGAUGGUAUCACAGCGGAAGAUGCUGGGCCUCGGAGCCCAACAGCUUAACCAGCGUCCCACGAACGGCACGGGCACUGUCAUUGUGGCUACUCCACAAAACACCAUACAACAUCUGCCCACGCAAAUCGCAGGCGAGGUACGCGCAGCGGCAUUGAAUAUACCAGGUUUCCAGCUGCUUGAAUGGCUAAUGAAUCAUCACCUCGACGUACCGGAGCUGUACUUCUUAAUUACCGCUCUGAUAAUGGGACAGCCUGUAAAAGUGCUGGCCACCGAGCAUACCAAGUUCGAUCUUGACCGCGUCUGGUCGUUUCUCUGGGGCGCUCCCGUAUCGGCCAACACGCAGCUGCCCAAGCUGAAUGUUUGCCCCGAGGGAGUCUGCGUUCUGCUGACUAUGGUGCGUGGAAUCGUUCACGGGGGCGAGUGCGCCCCCUGGCUACACAGUCAUCCGGAGACCAUCAUACAGCUCCUGUUCAGUCUGUACCAAAACCUCAGCGACUUUGCGCCCGUGAUGAUGGCCGGCGAUGUGGUCACCUCACUGGUGGCCGUGCUCUUUCCCCUGACUUCUCGUGCGGCAGAAUCUGAGCCGAAUAGUGGAGCAUCCACGCCUACAGACGACACAGGAAGCAGCUUUGCUUUGCCUCCACCGGAAAGCCUUCAUGGAGCACCGCAGCCCAAGUUAACCGCUCACCCGGUGUGCAAGUGCAUCAUAGACUUUCUGCGCGUUAUUGUCGUAGAUUCGCUCGGUCUAAACAUGCAGGGAAAGCUGACACCAGUAAUAGAUCUUGUUUUAGACGCAGCUCCAGAUUCGGCAGAGCUACCGCUGCAGGUUCAGUACCAGACGCAGAUCAUCAUCGCACUGAUGGAUCAUCUACUUGCAGCAGAUGUCCUCGUAGGCGAACAGGCGGCUUUACCACUGGUGCCUCUUUUGCAAAGCCAAAUGCAGCACAUCGCACCGAACGUCUUUUACUUGACCGCCCGCAUCGUGGACAAACUUUGGCAGGGCUGCCUCGCCCGCAAUCCGCACGACAUCUUCGACUUUGUCAUCAAGCUGAUUGUACAGGCCAAGCGGCGAUCCUCGUCGCUGUCGCUGGAGCACCUGCACCACUCACUGAAUCGCAGCAUCCUCUUCCUGCUCUCCCGCCCCACCGACGAUUCGCGGGCCGAGCAGAUGAGUGUGCUGGAGGCACUGCACAAGAUCAUACAGCACCGCCUGCUAAUUUUCGGAGCGGGCAACCAUGAGCUGGAGUUCAUUGGCUGCCUCACCUACUGCCUGCUGCAAUUGACUGCCGACAUGAAGAUUAUUCUGGAGCCUGCCACCAGUCGAAAUACCACCUGGCACGUUAAUCCGCAGACGGAGACGGCAGAGCCCAAGGACGAGGAUCUCAACCAGCUGCAGGGUCGCAAUCUGGUCGUCGGCGCUGCCUUUCGCGUCUGGGAGGAGCUGUACGUCUGCAAGAAGCCCGCCAUUGAAGAGGUGUUCAAGGUCUCCCUCACAUCCCCACCGUCCAACUCCAAGGCACCCGAUUUGCAGACCACGCGGGAGCAGGUAAUGGAGCUGGCCUCUAAGCUAUGGUUUAACUACGUGGAGGCGGAGCGCAAGGCCACGUAUCGCGCGCCCUGGGAACUGCACACCCAGAUUCAGUCAAAGAUACAGAAAGUCACCGGUGGACUGUCGCGCCUGACCAGCCGAACGAAGGCCAAGAAAGAGGAGCUGGUGCGAACCAGGUCGACGCUAACUCGCGAGGCCGCCUACGAGUCUACGGGCAUCCAUGUGCAGCUCAUAAAGGAUCUUCUGGAUUUGCGGGCCAAGCAAUACCAGCAGAUGCUGCAGCACACUCAGCGCUACGUCUACCAGGAUUGGGUGCAGUCCGAGAUGGAGCUUACCCGCGAGCGAGGGCUGUGGGGUCCCACCGGCAGCUGUUCGCUGGAUAAGUGGAUCCUGGACACCACCGAGGGUCCCCACCGAAUGCGCAAGAAGACGAUGCGCAACGAUGUCUUUUACCUGCACUAUCCAUACCGACCGGAAUUGGAGUUGGCCGACAACCGGCAGCUGAAGUACAAGGUGGCCUCCAGUCUGGACAGCAAGACGUACGCGCUCCACGGACCGCAGCAGCCUCGCAUCCUGGCCGAGGCAGCGGAGCACCAUGCCAUGCAACAGCAGAGUUCGCUGGAAGCGGUGCAUGUUCAUCGUUUGGAGUCAAGCAGUUCCACAUCGACACCGCCGCCUCUUGUUUUACCCAAGCUUGUGGGUCAUGGGACAGCUCCCUGUCCGCAGGAGUCAAUGGAUGGCAAUGCGCCAGAGGAUGAUGAGGAGGAGGAGGACACCUCGAUGACCAGCGAUAAUGAGACCUUCUUGCGGCUCCUAGAGGAGCAGGAGAAGAUCAGCUUUAUGUUCCGAUGUGCCAGGGUUCAGGGACUGGACACAUUUGAAGGCCUCUUAUUGUUUGGCAAGGAGCAUUGCUACAUUGUGGAUGGGUUUACGCUGCUGAAGAACCGCGAGAUUCGUGACAUUGACACCCUGCCGCCAGGAGCCUAUGAGCCGAUCAUUCCCAACUCCGGCGGAACCUCUUCCACGACUUCGCGCGCCGUAAGCCAAAAGCUUAGGCAGUGCUCCAAGUUUGCGUACGAGGAAAUCCGCGAGGUGCACAAGCGUCGCUACUUGCUGCAGCCCAUCGCCUUGGAAGUUUUCUCCGAGGAUGGACGCAACUAUCUGCUGAGCUUCCCACGCAAGGUGCGGAAUAAGGUGAAUCAAAGGUUUCUGGCUCUGGCCACUGCACUGAACGACAACGCACAGCAAUCGGUGGCUGGGCAGAAGCGAACGGCCAGCGUGGAGCAAACGGCGGGUAUCUUUAGCGGCCUGAUCGGCGAGACGUCGGUGACGCAGCGCUGGGUGCGUGGCGAGAUCUCCAACUUCCAGUACCUUAUGCACCUGAACACGCUGGCCGGGCGCAGCUACAACGACCUGAUGCAGUACCCCGUCUUUCCCUGGAUCCUGGCCGACUACGACUCCGAGGAGUUGGAUCUGACCAACCCAAAGACCUUCCGAGACUUUUCGCGACCCAUGGGCGCUCAGGCGGAGGAACGACUGGAGCAGUUCCAGAAGCGCUUCAAGGAGUGGGACGAUCCGCAUGGCGAGACGCCUCCCUACCACUAUGGCACCCAUUACAGUUCCGCGAUGAUCGUGUGCUCGUAUCUGGUCCGGCUGGAGCCCUUCUCGCAGCCAUUCCUCAAGCUGCAGGGCGGUCACUUUGACCUGGCGGACCGCAUGUUUCACAGCAUCAAGGAGGCCUGGCUAUCGGCCUCCAAGUUGAACAUGGCCGACGUCAAGGAACUCAUCCCAGAGUUCUUCUACCUGCCCGAGUUCCUCAGCAACUUCAACAGCUUCGAUCUGGGAACCAAGCAGAAUGGUGAGACGCUCAACCACGUCAUCCUGCCGCCGUGGGCAAAGCACGAUCCCAGGGAGUUCAUCCGACUUCACAGGAGCGCUCUGGAGUGUGACUAUGUCAGCCAGAAUUUACAUUUGUGGAUUGACCUAAUCUUUGGAUGCAAGCAACAGGGACCAUCUGCCGUUGAUGCCGUCAACGUGUUUCACCAUCUCUUCUACGAGGGAAAUGUGGAUAUAUACAACAUUGAUGAUCCACUCAAAAAGAAUGCCACCAUUGGCUUCAUCAACAACUUUGGUCAGAUUCCAAAGCAGCUGUUCAAAAAGGCGCAUCCCGCUAAGAAGAUGGGCGGCUCUCGUCAUUCGGCACUAAUCGACCCAACUUCACUGAUUCAGGGAAAUAGCACAGUGCUACAGACCGACCGGCUGUUUUUCCACAACUUGGACAAUCUCAAACCCAGUCUGCAGCCGAUCAAGGAGCUGAAAGGACCAGUCGGUCAAAUCUUACAGCCAGACAAGACUGUGUUUGCCGUGGAGCAGAACAAGGUGAUGAUGCCGCCCUCGUACACGAAGUACAUAGCCUGGGGCUUUGCAGACCAUUCCCUGCGCGUGGGUCUCUACGACACCGAUCGGGCAUCCUUUGUGUCCGAGGCAUCGGCCCAGAACUCCGGGGAGAUCCUCGCUUGUGCUUGUCCCAAUGCCAAAAUGAUUGUCACCGCUGGCACCAGUUCAGUGGUGACUGUCUGGAAGUUCGACGCGAAUCGAAAGAGCCUUGCCGUCAAGCACUCAUUGCACGGCCACACCGAUGCUGUUACCUGCCUGGCGGCCAGUGCUGCCUACAAUGUCAUCGUGUCCGGAUCACGGGACGGCACGGCCAUAGUCUGGGAUAUGACUCGCUUCACUUUCGUGCGCCAGCUGCGAGGACACGCCGGUGUGGUGGCUGCCGUGGCCAUCAAUGAGCUAACCGGGGAUAUUGCCACCUGCUCGGCCACUUGGCUCCAUGUGUGGUCCAUUAAUGGCGAUGCCCUGGCCAUGGUCAACACUUGUGUGGGCAGUGCGGAUCGCAUGCAGCAGAUCUUGUGUGUGGCGUUCUCGCAGAUUCGCGAGUGGGACCAGCAGAAUGUGGUCAUAACUGGCUCAACGGACGGUGUCGUAAGGAUGUGGUCACUGGAGCACACACAGGUGCCCAUCGAUCGCAAGCUGAAGAGAGGCAUGGAGGUCUCCUCGCAGGACAAACCCGACAGCGUCUCUUUGGAAGGCAAAGACUCGAAGGACGACAAAAUGAGCCUCAUUAAGCCAAUCAAAAGCCUUUCACAGUCGGAAGAAGAGCUGGAAAUUGUCAAAUCUGCCUCGGAAAGCAGCAUUUCUGAGGCCUCACAGCAUAGCCUGGAAUCGAGUAAGUCGGGUAACACUGCUGGCAAGCAAGAACAGCAAGGUGAGCCCAGGAAAAGCUCAAUUUCAGGAGCAAAGUCCCUGCACGAAAUGAAAUCAGCCACUGCGGAAGCGCAGAGCAGCAGCUGUGAUCCCAAGUCCAAUGAGGAUGAAUACUCUAUAAGGCCGAGCAAAUCAGAUACGAGCCUGACUGAUGGCUUCGUCUUAAUAGACAACGACAGGCAUAAAGGCGAUCAGAUUUUAAGAAAAGGCUUCAAAUGGCAACGUCAAUUAAUGUUCCGCUCUAAGCUGACCAUGCAUACGGCAUAUGAUCGGAAGGAUAAUGCUGAACCAGCAAGUAUUACUGCGUUAACGGUAUCCAAAGAUCAUAAAAUUUUAUAUGUCGGCGAUGCACGAGGUCGUAUCUUUUCGUGGAGCGUGACUGAACAGCCAGGUCGCGGAGUUGCUGAUCAUUGGCUAAAAGAUGAGGGAGCUGAUCAGUGUGUCAAAUGCCACGUCAAAUUUACACUUUAUGAGAGAAAGCACCAUUGUCGCAAUUGCGGUCAAGUUUUCUGCAACAAGUGCAGUCGCUUCGAGUCGGAAAUAUCGCGUCUUCGAAUCCUGAAGCCAGUUAGGGUGUGCCAGGCGUGCUACAGUCAGCUGCGAACCAAUUCGUUGGAUAAUUAGAAAAAUGAGAUUUAUGCGUACAUCGGCAUCCAAUCGAACUCAAACUAUAUUACUGUGUUUAUUUGUAACCGUUAAAGGUAGUUAGGUGUAAAGCUUUUAUUUAUUUUUUUCGAUUCAAUUAUUUUAUCCAAAUCAAGUUAAUCUAACUUUAACCAAAGGCUGUUAUAUGAUUUUAUACUUUAUAUUAAAUAGUUUAAUUCGAAUUUUUUAUGUACACAAUCCAAGUUGCAAUAUAAUUUAUAUACUUAUUUAUUACUAUUUAUUAAACACCGAGUUUAACCAUAAUAAAUGUUGCUUAUGCAUCCCAAGCAUUGACAAUUUAUAGUAAUGUAGCCCUGACGUAAAAUUCUAUAAAUAUUGACUAUUUAGUGUAGACUUUCGAAACAUCUAUGAGCAGCCAACAAAAGUGGGCAGCGCACAAAACUCGGAUGUCUCUUCAAAGCUUGAUGUUUCCCGUAUUGCUGUGCAGAAAGCCGUCAGUUCACAACCGCUAAAUCAAUAAUAAUCAAACUAAGCACCGCCAGUUAUAUCAAUUAAAUAGUUAACUCGAACACUUUACUAGAAAAUACAACCAAACACAUCACAAAGGAUAUCCCCGCACCUUUUGCGGGAACAAAACACUUUUUAGCACACAACAAUACAACCUCACACUAAACUAAAAGCAAGUAGAUUUUCUCAAGAUUACUUUAAAAUGAGCAAAAUAAUAUAAGCAAUGCUAAAAAUGUAAUAAAAGGGUGACGAUUUCUAAAAGCAAUAUUAUAAAUUGCAAAAAAAAUUAAAUGCGCCUUGCAAAAUAAAAUAUUGAAAAGUAAGUGUUUAAAAAGUGUGCUAUAAUGUUUCUGAAAAACUUUCCCAACGUAAAACUUCUUUUCCGAGCUUUAAACUAUUCAAUUCCUUCCAUUUAUCACAAAAACAACCACUAAAUACUAAAUUAUUGUAAAUACAAAGGUCAAAUAACAAUGAAAAUCUAUAAUAAUAAGACAAAUAAAUUAGAUAAAUAUAUCGGUAGCCAUGGUAGAAAAACAUUCCGUAUUUUGUAGAGAAUCUACAUGUUGCAUUGAUAAUAAUUUACAAAUAUUACAUAUGUACGGGUGGCUGUUAAUAUGUAAAUUAAUGUUGUGGUAGGAACAACAAAUGCAAUUCCAUUUUCUCUAGCCUGUUAUAAUCAUUUCAACUCUAUCCAAAGACUUAAGAAGCACCAAAGACAGAGAACAUGUAACUUUAUAUCCUCUACAAACGUUUCAAUGGAUUAUACAGCUCAAAGUUUUCAAAUGUGUUAUAUUUCAAAUCAGAAAGAGAAGUGUUAUAUAAACAAUACCUAGCCAGUUAGUGCAAUACGAGAAAACACCACAACAAACACGUGACAACCUGUAUUAAGAUAACAACCUACAUAAAUUUCUAAAAAGAAUCAUAUAAAUAAAAAUAUAUAUUUAUUGUUAGUGUGUGAGAUAGAAAGCAUAAAUAUUACGGCAUGCGAAGUUAAAAAAAUACAAUUUAAUAAAAUGAGCUAUGUUAUCACA